UGUUGUGUUGUCACUUUGCAGACAAGGGAAACACGCAGCGGUGCGUGAGAGCUCCGCGUAGUCUCUGCUGGUGUCCUCUUCAGACUGCAACAUGAAGGAUAACGCGCGAUUUAAUAAGAUCCGUUGAAGUGCAAAGCUCGCUCAGCUCGUCUCUGCUUUUUCAACGCUAAAGAAAGCUGUAAAGCAACAAUAAUCAUGGUUAUCAUCACAAAAGAAAGCUCAAGCUGGGUGCCCAACAAGAGGCCCGAUCAGAGUUUUGGAUCAUCCCUGUGGAUGAACUGAAUGUGGGCAGUGAGAAAGCCAGCGCCGUGCAGAGUUGCAGUGAACGACGAGAAGAAGAGAAGCAAAGCCGUGUGUGUGUUUUCAUAAGCGGAGCUCGGCUGUGGGGGAUGUCGGGCAGAAGUGGAGGAGCACCUCGGGGGUGCAGCAACCCCAGCCUGCAGCCCCUCAGAGCCACAGUCCCAUACCAGCAGCUCCAGAGAAGCUCAGCUCUCCUCUGCAGAGAGUUCAAGACGGCUGACAGGACCACGGCUCGCCCACCGAAACCCACCAUCCGACGAACUCUUUCUUUGGACGCCAUCAUUGGACCAUAUCUGCAGGGACAGUGGCCCAAAGAAGCAGAGAGCACGGCUGUUACCUGUGUCAAUGACAAAGCCACACAGACUCCAAGUUCCUGGGCAGAGGAGACCCGAGGAAGGAGAAGUGUCGGCGGACACAAGCGCUCAGCGUCGUGGGGCAGUGCAGAGCACCUGAGGGAGGUGGCCAAGCUGAGGCACCAGUUGCAGAAGCGCUCCCGCCAUGCCGCUCCCUCAGCAGGAUAUGAGCUCCCCCACCACCCCCUGCCAGCAGGUCAUGCAGCAGGCAUCACUCAGACAAUGCCCCUGAUGCCGCUGAACCGACUCGCCCCGCGGCUGCGACGGAGUGUUGAAGGCCUAAACUUGGAGCUGGAGGAGGCGUUUGUUUCUGAGAAGCCUGACGAUCAGCAUGAGAUUUUGGAUAUCCCAGAUGGCCACAGGGCCCCAGUCCCUGCCCAGAGAUGCAGCAGUGGCUCUCAGAGUGAGCCCUCCCCGGGCCCCCUGGAUCCUUCCCUCCUCUCUCCUUCUCAGUCCCCCUGUCCUCUAGAUCCCUCACUUCUCUCGCCUUCAAAUUCCCCUUGUCACCCAUCUCUUUUGUCUCCAUCACAGUCUCCCUGUGCCAUGGGAGAGCAAGAGCCGGUGGACUGUGAGACCCUGUGUCCCUCUCCGUCUACGUCACUUCCUUCAUUUGCACUGGAGCUUCCUCUGCUGCAGCCCUGCUCCUCCUCUCCCCGUCCCAACAAAACCUACUCCUUCCAGCGCGAACCGCCAGAAGGCUGCGAGCGAGUACGAGUAUGCGAGGAGGGAAUGUCUGCCUGUCAGGAUGAGCCUCUCCUCCAGCCGUCAUGUCCUGACCCCAAUAAAGUCAACUUUACCCCUCAUGGAGGCUCCGCUUUCUGCCCUGUCAGUAUUCUGAAGCCACUCCUGCCCUCCAUGGACCUGCUCUUCCGUGGCCUGUCAGUCUCUCCGGUCACUGGCUACCCAGGUCAAGCCUCUCCCACCAGGCACCUGGGCAUGCAGUAGGUGGAUAUCUGAGCAGAGCCUCUCAGGACUAAACCACACUGCCAGAACCUGCUGAAACUGGAUAUGUUUUAAAUGCAUGGUGCCAACAGAUACCUGUGUAAACGUCACUGCUGUAACAUGCCAUGAUCACUGUGAUCAAAAUCAGAGACUUUGUGACUAGAAGGAUUUCAUCAUAUUUUAUAUUAACUUUGGCCUGAGGUUUGUUUGCUUUACUGGUUAUUUCCACCUGCAGGAUGCUUGAAAUCAGCUGAUAUUUACCUCAUCAGCACUUCAGUUGUCGUAGUAUUCCCUCAAAUGGGCUGUGGAUUACGAUACAGGUCUGAAUUUCUGGAAAUGUUGGAAAAAGCUGGAAAAGUUUUACGGUUCUUGAUUUUUGACAUUAUUCUUUUGGAUAAAACUGAAUAUUCUUUUAUUAAUGCAGUUCAGACAAAAACUGCAGUCUGCUAGGGAUGUUUUCAUUUUUUAAGUGUCAAAAUAAGUGAAUUCAGCACUUAGAACAUGAGUAUUACUUUCUUACUAUCCUUUUACUAUUGAUUAAUAUCCUAGUAAAGCAUUUUUAAGUUUAGAUGAACUUUCAUCUUAAUUUGAGAGAUUUAAUUGAUAAAAAACAAAGUACUUGAUGGGUUUGUUCUGAAAUUUCAUAAGAUCUGUCGGCUGAAUGUUUGGCCUAUAGUUUCUGGUGGCCUACUUUUCUACAGAUGUACUUCCUAGGAAUAUAUGUAUUUUUGUAUGUUUGUAAGGAGUUAUGAAGCUGGCGAUACUGUUUUUGUAUUCACUGAAAACUUUGGUGAUUUAUAAGCAGGAAUAGAUGUUUAUUAGCUUUACAUGCCUACAGCGGGCUUUGUUUUAACCAAACUGUUGCAAUUUUGUCAACAUUUUAAGAAUGUGUCUGGGUCACACAUUGAGCCUCCUUGGACCAUGUGGUCCUGUCCAGAAAGCGUUAAUGUUUCAAUAUUCACUUUGAUAUGCUCAAGUUAAUGUUUAACUAGAUAAAACAGUAUUUGUCCUCAUGAUCCUGUGCAACACUGAUUAAAAAAACAUGCCUUAUAGUGACAGUAAUAAGCGGAUGGUAAUGAAAAUUCAUAAUUUGUCAGCCCUGUGUUGUCUCAGACCUGAGUAUGCACCCUUUUUCAUACUUUAUAGGGUGAUGACAGUUAAAAAUGUUCAGUGUGCUGUUGCCAUUUUAAAGAAAAUAAAGUUAGCCUAAUUAUCA